AUGGAGUAUAAUAAAACAAAUUGGCCAUUUAGAGAAACUCCAUGGAAUUCAGAAAAAACAUGCAACCGAUUGAAAUUGAGAUGGACAAGUGAUUUAUACGCAUCCUGUAUAUCUGCAAUAGUACUAGACUUCACAUCAGCUUACAUUCUACCUGUACUGUUAAUUCUCUCACUUACCAUCAAUAUUACACUAGCCAGUGUAUUAAUUGCAUCCAAUCGUAAAACGCGAUCAAUCAUCUACUUUAUUGGAUCUAUAAUAUCAAAUAUACUCGUCAAUAUUGUAUUCGGUUGGUUCUGGUAUUAUUUAACUAAAGGUCUACCAUAUGCAACAAAUGGGCAAAAGUACUUCUUUCUGCAUUAUCUAUCAGACAAUACAUGUAGAUUGUUUCGUUUCUCACAUUCAUUCUCUUCAACUUUGAUGUGCAAUUUUCUGUUGUUUGCAGCAAUCGAUCGAUGCUUAACUAUCUAUAUGCCUAUCAGAUUUGCCAAUUUACCUAAUAAAUUCGCCUGGUAUACUUUUGUCAUUGUAUUUAUUAUAACCUUUUUAAUGACAUUACCAUUUGCCAUAGUAUCUGGUUUAUUUAAUGUUGCCGGAAAGACACACUGUUGGGUCCGACCACGUAUUGCUGGCAUCCUAUUCUACCACGCAGUCGUAACUAAUCUUGGACCAUUACAGUUGUCACUGACGAUUACAAUUAACAUUAUGUUCUUUCUGCGCAUACGUAAGCAGUUAAAGAAGAUGGAUGCAUUUAAGGGUGCAGCUGCAGAAGAUCGUAAAAGACUUCAAGGAUCCAUAUUUCUGCUUUUGCUAUCAGCAUCGUAUGCAUUAUUUGGUGUACCACAAGGUGUCGUAUAUAUCAUAAAUAGAGCCAGCCUAAUUGGGAUUUUCAGUGCUAAUGGUCUACUCUGCCAAAAUAUUGGUGAUAUAAUAUGGAAUUUAUUUUUCUCUAGAAGUUUACUAGAUAUUGUACUAAGUUACUUUUACUUUAAACCUGUACGUGAAGCAUGUUUAUUAAUCCGCAAACAUUAUACCAAUAUAGGCAGAAAGUCUCCACUUAGUUCACGACUUUCAACGAAAUAAUCAUAAUCACAAGGACAACAAUGACAGCA